AUGUCUCUUUUACCCACCACCAAUACCUUCACACGUAAUAACCCUUCCUGGAAUCCACAAUCACAAAAAUAUGGCCGAUCCUUCAGUUCACGACCUCUCAUUGUACAAAGACUCCUGCACUGGACACAAAUGGACUUUGAUGUAGCCUUAUGGCAAAUGGCCUAUCUGCUUAUCGCACCAAAGAGAGUAUAUCGCAACGUGUACUAUCAUAAACAAACCAAGAACCAAUGGGCAAGGGAUGAUCCAGCGUUCUUUGUCUUGUUGACAGGAUUGUUAGCGAUUUCUGGCACUGCUUGGGCUGUUGUAUAUGGAAAAGGAUGGUGGGGCAUCUUGUACACAAGCGUAUUUAUGGUGUUGGUCGACUUUUUGUUGGUUGGAUCAUUGGUGGCUACAUUUACAUGGUGGAUCACCAAUCGAUUCCUCAAGUUCAAUCGAAUGUCCUAUGCAGUGGAUCAAAACGUGGAGUGGGCGUAUGCUUUUGACGUACAUUGCAAUGCCUAUAUCCCGUUCUUCCUUAUUCUCUACAUCCUUCAAUUCUUUUUCCUACCAUUAUUGCGGGCUAGCAGCAACUGGAUUGCAUUGUUUGUCGGCAACACGAUGUACUUUUGUGCCAUUGUCUGGUAUAUGUAUGGCAUCUUUAUUGGGUUCAAAGCGCUCCCAUUCCUGGUGCAUACUGAAAUCUUUGUCUAUCCCACGCUCCUUGUCUUCGCCCUGUACAUUGCCUCUUUAUUUGGAUACAACAUCUGCCAACACGUACUUGGAUUCUAUUUUGGAUAG